UUGAUAUUCGGUGGUAAAUUGUUGAAGCAUCUAAUCGUGAAAAGUUAUAUUUAUUUUCAAAUGAAGGUACAUGUAAAUAUUAGAUUAUAAAAAAAAUAAUAUAAUUCCAGACUAAAGGAACUGGAAACAUUUAUGAUCUACAGUCUAAUAAAAAAAUUGUAUGUAAAUACUUUUUGAAAAGGAAGCACGUGGUUUCAUAUAUUUCUCAUAGUGUUAUUUGUAUUCAUUAAUUUAAUUAAUUUUUACCUGAUAAUGACUAUAAUUAUAAUUAAUGGAGAAAAUCAUUAAAUAUUAAUGCUUCUCACUUAAGCUGUCAAAUAAAAAUCGACGUUAAUCGUGGACAUUAUGAGACACAAUAAGGAAAAUAUUGUUUUUUCUGACGAUGAUAUUGUAAGUUCAAGAGGAGAUCGUAAUGCAGUUGAAACCGAUGAAUUUAAUGAGGAUGUGGAGCCACAUGAUAUUUGCAAAAGACACAUGAACAAUAAACGAAAAUUAUCAGGUGAUACUGAAGUUAUAUCAAGGAAGAAGGGGAAAGUUGAUAAAGACUUGUACAAACCACCAACAGUGGAAGAAUUAAACCAACUUAAGGAAACAGAAAAUUUGUAUCAUUCAAAUUUAUUCAGACUUCAAAUUGAAGAGAUUCUAAACGAAGUUAAAGUUAAAGAAAAAUAUAAGGUUUUAUUUGAGACUUGGUUUACAAAAUUGAAGCAAACAAUUGAAUCGAUUGAAGAAACUGAAGAAUAUAAGUUAUCAAACGAAAAACCACUGGGCAAUUUAGAUGUAGAAAUUCCACUUGGAAUUACUUUGAAAGAUGUACGAGGAUUCUAUAGAUUUUUAAGACCAUCAAACAUCAGCCUUGUUGGAUCGUAUGCACUUGGAACAAUGAUAGGCCCACGCAUUACAGUAGAUGUGAUGAUUGAAAUGCCUGCUAAACUGUUUCAAAAAUCUGAUUGUCAAAAUUAUAAAUACUGCAGGAAAAGAGCCAUAUACUUGGCAUAUAUUGCUUCAAAUAUACAAUGUGAUAUUGCAGAAAGCAAAACAUUUUUACACUUAGGCGACAAUAGGAAACCAAUUUUGAAGAUUAUUCCAUCUGGGAAAUUAGGACAAAAAGUCACUGUUUAUUUGCACGUAGUUCCUGAAGAAAGCAGUUUUAAAAUGAAUAGAUUUCAUCCUGAGAAAAAUAACAUCAAACCUGUUUGGUACUUCGAUGAAAAUGGUUCUAAAGAUACCGAUAUGACACCAACACCUCAUUAUAAUUCCGUUGUGUUGCAAGACAUGACAAUGUUACGGACUAAUUUGGAAAAUGUAAAUAGUAUAAAAGAAUAUCUAAACUUGAGAAAUGGCAUAAUUUUGUUGAAAAUUUGGCUGGCACAGCGUCAACUGAAUGGGGGUUACGAUGGUUUCGGUAAUCAUGUCCUAACAAUGUUUGUUAUACAUUUAUUACGUACAAGAAAAAUUAGUACAAUUAUGAGUAGUUAUCAAAUAGCGCGCAAUGUAUGGAAUCAACUUGCUCAAUGUGAUUGGACUGAAAAUGGUAUAUCGAUGUGUCAGAAUGGUGAUAACCAAAAGCAAAUAUCUGAAUACCAUUUGUACUACGACUGCGUUUUCAUUGAUACAACUGGUUACCAUAAUUUAGCAGCAAAUAUAUCUAAGGAGACUUUUAGUUGGAUACGCGAGGAAGCGCAUUUAGCUUUAAAAUAUUUGGACAACUCAGUUUUAAACAGUUUCCAAAAUUUAUUUAUGAAAAAAGUGCCUUUUUAUAGAAUGUUUGAUCAUCUCAUAUGUUUCCAUGAUGAAAUUGCUUUGAGGAAAAUGGUCGAAGCAAAAUCAUCAAAAUCUUCCAAGCUUGAUUUUGGCACGAAUGAACGCGCGGAAAUCAUCAAAACAAUUGUGCCGAUUUUAAAAAAAGGUUUAGCAUCUAGAGUUUCAUAUAUUGGAGUUAUGCCUGGAGAAUCUAAAGAAUGGACCAUUAGGGAAAGAUUUCCUAAAGUAAUCGGACCUAUUUAUAUUGGCCUACAGUUAAAUCCAGAUUUCUGUUUCAAUGUUAUCGAUAAAGGACCCAAAGGAAAUUUGCCAGAGGCAAAAGAAUUUCGAGAUUUUUGGGAUGAUAAGUCCGAGCUACGCCGCUUUCAAGACGGUUCCAUAUGUGAAGCAGUAGUCUGGGAUGAAGGAAAAACUCUAGCUUCGAAAAGAAUCAUAUGCAAGAAGAUCGUGGCCUACUUGCUACAACGAAAACUCGAACUCUCAAAUGAUAACUUCGUUUACGUUGCUGAUCAAAUGGAGGAAUUCUUAACACUUAAAAAGACUAAAACAACAAAGUUUACAUACGGCACCGGAGAGGAAGCAGCGCUUGAAGUUAUUUUAGCAUUUAAUGAUUUAGAAAAGAAAUUAGCAUCGUUAACGGAUUUACCUCUGGCAAUAACUGGGGUGCAGGGAUCCAGCUCAGUGCUUCGAUAUACCAAAGUGUUUCCACCUCUCGCAACGGCACCUCGAGUUCAACCUGGAAUUACCGAAGAAAGUGAAAAUUGUCUUAUACUGAAAGAGCGUAUGUUGGAAAUAGUUCCUCGACUUGUUCAUUCAGUCGAGGGAACCAUACAAUUAUCUACCAGCGGAAAAUGGCCAGAUGAGCUGGAAGCUAUUCAAAAAAUGAAGGCUGCCUUUAAUAUUCAGAUUGGAGAGGGUCUUAGGAAACAGUAUCAAUUAAGAACACAUGCCAGUCUGCAGCAUCUUGACGUAAUGAAAGAAGGCUUUGUGUUUCGACUGAGGAUAGCGCAACAAAAAGAAAUAGCUUUAUUAAAACAAGAAAUUGGCGAAGACGGUGUAAUUAAGUAUAGAGAUAACGAGGAAUCAAUCGCCCUGGAAACAAAAUUAUUUAAUUUACCUAAAUUGAAUGGUGCUUUGCAUGGUUUACAUACGCAACAACCUUCAUUUGGAGCUGCAUGUUGCCUCUCAAAACGAUGGUUGGCAUCGCAAUUAAUAGACAAUUCCCAUAUGCCAGAUAUUGCGGUGGAAUUAAUUUUAGCGGCGAUAUAUCUUAGACCUGAACCAUACAGACCGCCACAAAUGCCUCAAAUUGCAUUUUUAAGAUUUCUGGAAUCAUGUGCUCGAAAUGAUUGGAGUACUGACCCCAUUAUUGUAAAUUUCAACGAUCUCCUGUCCAAGGAGGAGAUUCUGGAGAUCGAAAACCUUUUCGGUACAGCGCGUGAUACGCUGCCACCACUUUUCAUCGCUACACCUUAUGACUUAAAAAGAUCAUUGUGGACGAAGAAAGCGCCUACUCAAGUCAUACUUAACCGUAUCAACUGUUUAGCAAGAGAGGCUUUGAAACUCUUCGAAUUACAAUUGUUUAGUGGAGCGAUACUAGACUGUAAACCAUUAUUCAGACCUGCCUUGACAGAAUACGACUGUUUAAUAUACCUGGAGCCACUUUUAAUUCCCAGACGAUUCGAAGCAGUCGAUUUGCAUGAGAGUCAUCCAACUAUACUGUGGCAUCCUUUCAAACAACACUCUAAACAAAAAAUACCAGUACUUAAUUUUGAUCCAGUUCAGCUCUUUCUGCAGGAACUGAGAGCUAGUUAUGGCGAGUUCACUUUAUUCUUCCACGAUACGUACGGAGGAGAAGUAAUAGCAGUUUUAUUAAGGCCUGCUGCUUUAGAAAGUAUUGAGUUUAAAGUGCCUCAUGUGAAAUGCAGAAAACUCAACCCUAGUGGAAAACUAGUCCUGAACGUGGAGGCAAUGAUAGAAGACUUCUACAUCUUGGGGAGAGGACUCGUUAAGAAUGUCCAAGUACUUUCUAGAAAAGCGUAAUUGCAGAACGGCAUGUAUUGCAGACAUGCUUCCCUUAUGUAUACUUAUGUAACAUAGAUGUAAAAUCUCAUAUUAAAACAAUUUCUAUCAA